AUGGUCGCACAAGUUCAAAAGCCAGCCCCAGCCUUCAACAAGACUGCCGUCGUUGACGGUGUCUUCGACGAAGUGUCUCUGGACAAAUACAAGGGUAAGUACGUCGUCUUGGCCUUCGUCCCAUUGGCCUUCACUUUCGUCUGCCCAACUGAGAUCGUCGCCUUCUCCGACGCUGCCAAGAGAUUCGAAGACUUGGGUGCUCAAGUUCUGUUCGCCUCCACCGACUCUGAGUACUCUUUGUUGGCCUGGACCAACGUCGCCAGAAAGGACGGUGGCUUGGGCCCAAUCGACAUUCCAUUGGUCGCUGACACCAAUCACUCUUUGUCGAGAGACUACGGUGUCUUGAUCGAGGAGGCCGGUGUGGCUUUGAGAGGUCUUUUCUUGAUCGACCCUAAGGGAAUUGUGAGACACAUCACCAUCAACGACUUGCCAGUCGGCAGAAACGUUGAGGAGGCUUUGAGAUUGGUUGAGGCCUUCCAAUGGACCGACAAGAACGGCAGCGUUUUGCCUUGCAACUGGACCCCAGGUGCUGCUACCAUCAAGCCAGACGUCGAGGGCUCCAAGGAGUACUUCAACGCCCACGGCAAAUAA